GGGAGGCCUAUUGAUCUCCUUCCUACGUAGCCAAUAUCGCUUUGACAUUUUCUAAAUUGUCAACGCGACCAGAAAAUAAAACAAACAAUGUCACAAGGAAAAACUAAUGCCCAUGCCUGGAAGAGAGAGCCGGAAGCGGUGCCGAGGGGCCACAAAGUCAGUGGUAGUUUCCUUAGCUUGCACACAUCGCCGCCCCUGCAUAUUGCCCUACAUGGUAUGUCGUCACUCAUCAACUCCCGGCUGCCCAAGACUGCGCUUGAUCUCUGUCUCGAGCUCCUGGAGGUGGGCGUCAAUGCACAGGCCUUGGCCGACGUAGUCCUUAAAGUGCUGGCGGUGAAGGAGAAUACGCAAAAGAAGUGAUCCCCUCAAGCUUUCCACCGAAAACUUUCCUACAGACGACGACCACGACAACAACGGCCGGCAAAACGAUUAGGCUUAUCAUUUCCGACCUGACCAACCCUCAACCCGCAACGGCUGCUCACAAUUAAACACAAAAAAUCCGUAUUUCGAUAACAAAUAUCAGUUAUAUAUUUAGCACGAAUAAAACCAUUAACACUAUCAUAAGAAGACUAUAA